AAAAGGGUCUAUUGCUUAAUGAUUUGUUCAGAAAACCCAGCUCUGUAAAACCAAAAAUGAUUUUAGGAUGGCAUCCAGUGAGAGACGCCAGGAUGAUACAAAUCUGGUUAAAAUAGAAUAAAAUAAAAUGUAUCAGGAAUGCUGCUUCUAAGUGAAAGCGCCAUCUCAUCUUUCCUGAAUCAUGCUUGCAUGGGUUUAAACAUUAAUGGGCUCUUUGUUUAAAGGUCAUUCCCUUGCAGCAUCACCGAAGUGCAAGUCUGCGCCCUGACCAUGGCUGAUUUUGGGGAAAUCCUGCGUAACAUAGGAGAGUUUGGAUUGUUUCAGAAAACCAUCCUCUUUGCUCUUUGCUUCCCAAAUCUCAUCUCGCCUUUCCACUUUGCGAGCGUAAUUUUCACCCAGUCCGACCCGGAGCGGCACUGCAACACGGACUGGAUCCUCAGAGCUGCUAACCUGACCACAGAGGAGCAGCUGAACCUCACGGUGCCCCGGGAGGAGGAUGGGAGCUUCAGCCGGUGUCGGAUGUUCGUCCCUGUGGACUGGGACAUCCAGGAUAUCAGGGCAUAUGGACUCAAUGAGACAACAGGCUGCAGGGACGGAUGGGUUUAUGGCAGCAUGCUGUAUGAAUCCACCAUAGUUACUGAUUUUGAUCUAGUUUGUGAACAGGCUCAUUUGUUGAGCAUUGCGCAGACAGUGCUGAUGGCUGGCAUCCUCGUUGGAUGUCUGUUACUUGGACCUUUUGCUGAAUCUUGGUGGGUUGCUGGAUCGAGCCCCACUCCGUCUGCCUCCAUUGUUGUGUCCUUAGGCACUGAAUGGAUCGGCGUGUCCAGACGGUCCUGGGGCGCCUGCAUCACUCAGCUAUGUGGUGCUGUUGGACAGGCCAUCCUCGGCGGCUUGAUUUACUUCAUCAGAGACUGGAGACUGGCUCAAAUGGUCAUGGCUGCUCCGUUUGCCGUGAUCACUUGUUACAUAUGGUUUAUUCCAGAGUCAGCCAGAUGGUUGUUGGACAGGGGACGGACAGACGAGGCUAAAGAGCUGAUCCUCAAAGUGGCGGCCAUUAACAAACGCACAGUUUCAGACUCUCUCCUGGAAAAGAUUACUAUCAAAGAAAAUGUGCAAAGGGGAGGCAUAAUAUGUCUUAUUAAAUCUCCUGUGCUGAGGAAGUAUUUCCUCACCAUCAUCUUGGCAUGGUUCUCCCUGAAUGUUACCUACUUCUGCCUUUCGCUGAAUGUGGGAAACUUUGGCUUGGACAUCUUCCUGACUCAGGCCUUGUUUGGGCUCUCUGAAGUACCGGCUCACAUCAUUUGCAUUUGGCUGCUGGAGGCGGUGGGGAGAAAAGUGUCACUAAUCACCACACUUGUGAUCGGAGGAUUUCUGUGUCUCUUGAUCCUCGCCGUACCUCAAAGUAGUGCCAUUGCUGUCACUGCGUUAGCCAUUGGUGGACGUUUUUUGACCAACUGGGCCGGAUCUAUAUGCAACUUGUAUGUUCAGGAGUUGUUCCCGACGUCUUUUCGGCAAACUGCCUCGGGUUUGGGCUCCAUCAUGAGUCGAGUCGGAGGAUUGCUUUCCCCGCUGCUCAACAUGCUGGCCGUGUACCACUGGUCCAUCCCUAUCGUGGUCUACAGCAGCCUCACCAUCCUCAGCGGAGCCCUCUGCUUCCUGCUUCCCGAGACCAGAAGAACAGAACUCCCCGACUCGACCUGUCAAGCUGAAGGCAACUGGAUGAAGAACAAGACAAAUCACCAACAAGACUCAAAUGAAGAUUUACAAAUCAAAUCAACCAAGUUGUAGUCUGUUUUGUUUAAUUUUUUUAGUGCACUAAUCUGGCCUCUAUUGGAACUCCAGUGUGUAGCCACGGCUUAUCGGUGGAUUUUUAUUUUAUCUCCUGUAAUUGUCAAACAUUGUUUAUUGAUAAUAAUGCUCAAUAGUUAAAAGAACCUUGUUUCUAGCUCCUCUCUUUGUACUCCUUUCUAAGUGGUAUUUAGGUUACAACCUCAUCUACUUUUACAAAUAUGGAAUAAUCAAUCUGUUUUUGUUGUUUUGUUUUUUUUUUUGUUUUAACUCAUGCGCUUAUAUUUUUUGUGUGGGGGGAAAAAUACAAAUUUACAGCUGCAGAAAAAAGAGAUAUGAAAUCAGGACUAAUGGCUGAGCUUUUUGUCACAUUUGUGUCAACAUCAACAGAAAACCCUUUUAACAGAAUCCUUCGUGUCUCAUUAUACUGUUUGCUGUUAUAUGAAAAUGUUGAAAAUCUUUAUGUCUUACAGCUUGUGCAGCUUCAUUAUUAUAUACAGUAUUUUAUUUUUUGUUAUCUCUCACAUUAACUGCACAGUUUUCAAUAAAAAUAUUAUUGACUCUUUAUUGAGGUCUGACUGUUUUUAAAAGCUAUAUAUUUUCAGGAUGAAUUGAGUUUUCUAGUCUAAAAAUCAUCAACAUUACAUAUUAAAACAUCAGUGUAUGCAUAUUGUUGAGGCAUUUGCCUUCUAACAGAGUACAAGAAAAGUCUGUUGAAUGUU